CCUAAGAUUACUCCUCCCGUAUUAUUAACAUCGUUAUCAUCAUUACGGUACUGAAAUAUUAUUUCUAAGAGCAUUCAAGAUUUGAUUUUUUAGGCUCGUUAUCUAAUAAUUCUUUUGGGGGAAGAGACGGAGGAAGGGGAGUAAUUCGGCUGUUGGAUUUGCUCCACCGUAUUUGUCUCUGUCUCUUUGCGUCUGCUUCGGUGGGUUGCGCUUUUCUUCGCCUCCCUUCCUCCUCAUUCUUUUGGGAAUUUGCAGAGCGAGGAAGGAAAGAGGAUCGAGGUUGAUGAUCGAGAGUGAGAAAGGAGAUUGGGAGAACAAAGGAGGAUUUUUUUGAGUGAUUUCUUGGAGAUUUUCUCUAAUUUGGGGGGGAACUUAAAACGGAAGAGAAAAAAGAGAGAGGUUCCUUUAGGUUCUUUUUUACGAGCCGUGGACGAGGCAUUUGUUUUGGGAAUUAGGAACUGUCGAGAUUGGGUUCUUUGAAGGGAAGAAGGAGGUGGAAGAAAAGGAGGAGUUUGAUCCCCUUUUUUCCCCCCCUUGUUUGUGGGAAAAACCGCAGUUUUGGGUUGCUGUUGGAUGCAUCCGUAGCGAAUCUUAGGAAAAUUCGGUCAUUUUCGUGAUUUUCUUGGAAAUUUUCGUUGGAUUUCUAUGUUGUUUGGAUAACAAAAGGAGAUAGCAACUGCGCCAAUCGGCGGGGACAUUGAUGACCAUUUGAGCUUCUCCGAUCACAGAUCGGAAUCGCGUCCAACAUUCGAUCCCAGCGUCUCAAGAACCAAUCAAACCGAGGCGGGCGGGCUCCGGUUCCGAUCACUUCGUCCUCUGGUCGCUGGAGCCGCCCCUCGCCGCCAUGGCGAGCUCGUCCGGGUCGCUCGAUUACUGGAGAAAGUUCUUCCGCAGCGCCAACUCGGACAUAUUCGAAGUGAUGGAGCACGCGAUCCUCGUUGCGGCCUCGGAUUACCCCCAGGAAUUCAGGAGCAGGAGGCAUCAGAUUGUGGAGAAGCUGUUCGCCGUGCUGCUACCCCGGUGCUAUGGGUGCGAUCGCGUCGCCGAGGGGGAGGAGGGCGAUCGCAGCGUUAAGCGGGACGGGGAGAAGGAGAGCAAAGUGGAUAGCAGCAACGACGGACCCGAGGACUUGAACCGGAUUGUGAGCAAUUACAGCUACGACGAGGCGGAGGCGCUUACCGAGGAGAUCGAAGAGGAAAGCCAGAUCGUUGGGGAGGUUCUGCGGAUAAAGGAGAUCUUUGCCAACCACCGUGAUGAGUCGGAUAGCAUAUUGUUCGAGUCUUUGAGGAGGCUGCAAUUGAUGGAGCUUUCUGUUGAAGUACUGAAGGCCACUGAAAUUGGAAAGGCGGUUAACUGUCUGCGGAGGCACAACUCCAAGCAAAUUCGCCACCUUGUGCGCACUCUCAUCGGUGGUUGGAAGGUUUUGGCCGAGGAGUGGGUGAGGGCUACAGCGGCAAUUGCAGAUAACUCUCCAGACUCUAUAAAUCCUCCUAUGGAAGAUGAGGAAGAGGAAGGGCUCCCUUCUCCCCCCUUAGAUGAGGGAUUUCUAUUUGCCUCGCAAACUACUUCCAUGCAGCUCUCUGAGUUCUUCGAUGAAAUGGAUGACGAUGGAAAUUUUAGAAAUAAUGGAGAGUUUGAGAAGCCAUGGGAAAAUGGAGGGUCUCCGGAAAAUGAUGUGCCGCAUAGGAAACAACAGCCUCCAAAACAAUAUGUCAUUCCAAAAGAGAAAGCGGAGACAAGGAGGCAAGAGCCAUCACAAUUCAUUACACCAGAAGGGAAGGAAGUGACACGAAGGCAACUACCACCGCAUUCAGCAAUCGUGGAAGAUAAAAGCCAGAUGAAGCAGCAAAAAACAGUUACGAGACCGGGAAAGCCACAGGAUCCUGGGAUCGGCCAAGGAAGGUGUGAAGGUAUUGCAAACAGGCAAAGCAAACCUGUUAUUCUGGAUUCUGGGCCUGGCAGACCACCAAAGUUACCCCACACACAGAAUGCUGGCAGACAGAUGAAUCCUAAACACCAUCAAAACAGUGGUGCACUUAGGAGGAAGCUGUUGGUGGUUCCACAAGAUAAAACAAAGUGCUCAGAGGAAUCCUCAAUAAGAGAAAAGUUAGAACUGGCAAAGAGGAAGCUUCAUGAAGGUUACCAGCAAGCAGAAAAUGCAAAAAAACAGCGAACUAUACAAGUAAUGGAACUGCAUGAUCUGCCAAAACAGGUGCACAACAGACAUCCUGUUCUGAAAUCCAGAAACCAAAUUAGGAGUUGGGCAAAUGGCCGGCAUUAGUUCUGUUUAUUCUGGGAAUGGAUCGCCAACUUACAGGAACCUUCUUCCUGUACAGAAGAACAUCUGCAUCUCGCUGUUAAGUCUGUAUUUACCUGCUGAGCUUGGUUGCAAAGACUAGACAAAAGAGGUUCCUCCUUUUUUCGGUGUUUAGUUCUUGAUGGAGACUUAGACACAUUGACUCGAGUAGUAGCAUAAAUGGGGAGAGUGGUGAUAAGUUCACCAAAUGUAAUAUGAAGCCUGAGGACUCAAGAUAUAGUCCCAGCACUCCGGAAACAUUUAUCCAUUUGUUCUUUUGAGACUGGCUAUGUAGACAAUGACAGAGACGAGGCACCAAGCACUAUAACCAUUACCCAUUAAUGAUUCA